ACUUGUUUUUUAAGUGUUCUUAGCGAGGUCUUAAACUAGAGCAAACAGAAGAAUUUUUUAUUUUUUUAAGUGCCGAUGGCUAAAAAGACACCCUUCCGAUAAAUAUGGUUUCAAGGGCUAAACCUUAUUGCAUGUUAUUUUCUUCUACUAUAUAUACCUUGAAAAACUAUUGAGCAAGAAUUCCAAUUGAUUCAAGCCAUCAUGAACGCCAUGAUUUUAGCACUUACUGUUGCCGCUUUGGCUGUCGUUACAUCUGGUGGUGUAAUUAAGGGAUAUCACGAAUAUCAUGGUUUAGAUGAUCAUAGUCACCUCCUUCUUGACAGUCACCAUCUAUCAUCAGGUCACCAUCUAUCACCAGGUCACCAUCACCAAGUGAUUUACCCUGUCGUAGAGCAUGCUACAAUUGUAAAGAAAGUGCCAGUUGUUAAGCACGUCCAAAUUGUUAAGCACGUGCCAGUUAUUAAGCACGUCCCAGUCGUUAAGCAUGUUCCAGUUGUGAAGCACAUCGAAGUAGUGAAGAAAGUUCCUAUUGUAAAACAUGUGGUUGCUGACUUGGGACACCAUUACGAUGACCAUGGUCUUGAUCUUCAUGGAAUUGGACACUAUUCAAAAUCAUUUGGUUAUCAUUAUUAAGCACUUUUGAUAAAUUGUCUGAUUUAUUUAAAGUGCU